AUGGACGUAGGAGAUAUCCACAGCGCUCUCACGACUGUGAGGUCCGUAAUUGCUGCGCCUAGAGCAUCUGGUCCACCCAUCGCAGCACCAAGGAUUCAAAGCGCCACGGCUCCGCACAGCCAAUCAUCUGCAGCAGCAGCCAGAGAUGCAAACGAGAAGCAGUUUGAUGACCAUCCGCCUCCACGAUGCAGUCUAUGCCGUCGACCUCACGUCCUGAAGAGGUGCACUAUCUUCAAGAGCAUGAAGCCCGCUCAACGCCAACAGAUCGCCAGAGCCCACGGACACUGUAUGACUUGCUUGGCAGAUAGUCACUCCACCUUUGACUGUAUGACCGACGGAUCGUGUCAAUAUUGCCAACGGCCGCAUCAUACUUUGUUCCAUCGAUUCCCUCGACGAGCAAAUCAGUCCACAACACAGACCAGUCACCGGCACAGACAACAAGGGAAUCCCGUCCAGCGCCAAAGAGUACAUCGCCCGAAGCCAUCCAGAGGGGCACGCUCACGGCCAGUCAACCGGAUAGAACGCCGUAGUGAGCACUCUGCAACAGUUGCAAAGACUUCUAGGCAAUUAAUUCGCCUAGGGUGGCCGGGAUGUUCCUGCGACUUCCAAUCCCGCGACAUUUUUACAACUAAGCUCACAACCACCGUACAACAUCAUACCAUACAACAUAACACAAUGCAACAUCAUACACUACCUACAACACACCAUAUCACUCACCAACUCAACCAUAUACAAUUAAUCAACCACACUAUACACCCACACUGCAACUACCGUUUUUUCCACCACCCGAAUGUUGAAAAGGGACCAGUCAGAUCGGAAUGGGCACUCUUUUCGAUUUCAUCCAUGACCUAUAAGGUUCUACAUUAA